GAGGACUUGUCGCUGCCUUAGCCCCCAUCCCCGGCUCAAGGCGUCUCGACCAUGGCCCGCGUGCUCUUAUUCAGUCUCGUCUUUCUGGCCAUCCUCCUGCCUGCGCUGGCCGCCUGCCCCCAAAACUGCCACUGCCAUGGAGAUCUGCAGCAUGUCAUCUGCGACAAGGUGGGGCUGCAGAAGAUCCCCAAGGUAUCGGAGACGACCAAACUGCUCAACCUCCAGCGCAACAACUUCCCGGUGCUGGCUGCCAACUCGUUUCGGACCAUGCCGAACCUGGUCUCCCUGCACCUGCAGCACUGCAACAUCCGCGAGGUGGCGGCUGGUGCCUUCCGAGGCCUGAAGCAGCUCAUCUACCUGUACCUGUCCCACAAUGACAUUAGGGUGUUGCGAGCUGGAGCCUUCGAUGACCUGACUGAACUCACGUACCUCUAUCUAGACCACAACAAAGUGUCGGAACUGCCCCGGGGGCUGCUCUCCCCUCUGGUCAAUCUCUUCAUCCUGCAGCUCAACAACAACAAAAUCAGAGAGCUGCGUGCUGGAGCCUUCCAGGGUGCCAAGGACCUGCGCUGGCUCUACCUGUCAGAAAAUGCUCUCAGUUCCCUGCAGCCUGGUUCCCUGGAUGAUGUGGAGAACCUAGCCAAGUUCCACCUGGACAAGAACCAGCUGUCUAGUUACCCCUCAGCUGCCCUGAGCAAACUUCGGGUGGUGGAGGAGCUGAAACUGUCCCACAACCCUCUGAAGAGCAUCCCAGACAAUGCCUUCCAGUCCUUCGGCAGAUACCUGGAGACCCUCUGGCUGGACAACACCAACCUGGAGAAGUUCUCAGAUGCUGCCUUCACGGGUGUGACCACACUGAAACACGUCCAUCUGGAGAACAAUCGUCUGAACCAAUUGCCCUCCGCCUUCCCCUUUGACAACCUAGAGACCCUCACUCUCACCAACAACCCAUGGAAAUGCACAUGCCAGCUCCGUGGCCUUCGGCGGUGGUUGGAAGCCAAGACCUCUCGACCGGAUGCUACCUGCUCCUCACCAGCCAAGUUCAAGGGUCAGCGUAUUCGUGACACAGAUGCCCUCCGCAGCUGCAAAUCCCCCACCAAGAGGUCCAAGAAAGCCGGCCGCCAUUAAACAGGUCCUGAUCCAGCCAGUCCUGGUGACUGCCUUCCGCUGGAGAGACUACUGAUGUCCCUGACCACCAUCAUCCACACCUUCUCCCACAGCCUCUGUGGAUGCACAGAGCUACCCCACACCUAGGUACAUCCUGGCAGGGCGCACUGGGCUCUCUAUCACCACCCCAGCUCCACCCAGCAGGGUCCUAGGGAGGACACAGACCCCCCUCCCCAGCCACUGUGCCUGGGCUCUGCUAUGGCUCCUCUCAGAGAAGAUAUUGUAGAACCUCCUACCCUCUGUCCAUCAGAACUAAAGUCCAGUGGUCACUGGGAUGACCACAUCAUUACCACCUUCCUGAGCUCCCUCCUUCCCUGCCAUUUGGAAACAAACAGCAGGCCCUUGAACGACCCAGAUUGUCAGAAAGAAUUUCAGGCCCAUGCCCCAACUCUGCCAGCCCUUGUCUGUCAGGACGUCCUAACAGGAUACCAGUAGCGCUUGGCUGCACAUCCUUCGAUGCCGCGUUUCCGCCUGGAUUUCUAUAAACAUAAAUGUAUGUGUGUACAACACUCACUUCCUCUCA